UUUCUACCGCUACCACCAAAAAGAUGGCAGUAAAGUCAGCAAGAAGACCUCCACAAAGUAGCAAACCAUCUGGUAAAUGCUCUAUGAAAUGGUUAAUCUUAGCUUCAAUCAUUGGUAUUUUCUGCGUUAUUGGUAGUGUCUUAGAGGGAAUGCUCGACCGCUUUUAUAUUUUCAGUCCAGAACAACUCAACGAAGUUGCACAAAACGCAUUAGCACGCCAAUCUGAUACCCGAGGCGUUAUUGAUGAUAUCGUACGCCAAUUGAAGGUUUCACAUCCAGGUAGAACAAUCAACACGCGCGAAGAAUGGGUAUUUAACAACGCAGGUGGUGCUAUGGGUUCAAUGUACAUUAUACACGCUAGUAUAACCGAAUACCUCAUCAUCUUUGGUACCGCACUCGGCACAGAAGGACAUACAGGUCGUCAUACCGCCGAUGAUUACUUCCACAUACUCGAAGGAGAACAAUGGGCUUAUGAAGCUGAUUCACUUACUAAGGAGGUUUAUCCAGCUGGAUCAGUACACCACCUCCAAAGAGGUGUAGUUAAGCAAUACCGUAUGCCAGACACUUGUUGGGCUAUGGAAUACGCUAGAGGCUGGAUACCACCAAUGUUGCCAUUCGGAUACGCAGACACUUUCUUCUCUACUCUUGACAUACAAACGCUCUGGCAUACUAGCGUUAUUACCGGUCGUGAGAUCAUUGCCAACCUCCUUCAUGGUAAAUUCUAGAUUUUUUUUGUAUAGAUUAUAAUCAAUAUUGCGUGAUUUUGCAUAUUGCUUUUC